AUGAACGCGAGCCGAAACUGCGGGCCGGCGACGGGCGGUCUGGCGGCCCUGGAGUCUGCCGCCAUGGUGACCGUGGCGCUGCUGGCGGGCCUGGGCAACCUCCUGGUGGCCGCCACGCUCUACCGCCGGCCGUACCUGCUGACGCCCAGCAACAAGCUGGUGUUCAGCCUGACGCUAUCCAACCUGCUGCUGGCGGGCCUGGUCCUCCCCUUCGCGGCCGUGGCCUCGGCCAAGAGGGAGUGGCUCUUCGGCGUGGUCUGGUGCAACUUGACCGCCUUGCUCCACCUGCUCGUCAGCUCCGCCAGCGCGCUCACGCUCGGGGCCAUCGCCGUCGACAGGUACUACGCAGUGCUUUACCCCAUGAUCUACCCCAGCAAGAUCACGGGCAACCGGGCAUCGCUGGUCAUCGCCUACGUGUGGCUGCACUCGCUGGCGGGCUGCCUGCCGCCCCUCUUGGGCUGGUCCUCCUUCGAGUUCCACUGCUUCAAGCGCAGCUGCGGCGCCUCCUGGCACCGGGCGCCCGCCUACGCCGCCUUCUGGCUGGCCUGGUGCGUCCUGCCGCCCUUCCUGCUCAUGCUGGCCUGCUACGGCGUCAUUUUUCGCGUGGCUCGCGUCAAGGCGCGCAAGGUGCACUGCGGCACGGUGGCGGCGGACGACGACGGCGCCCCUCCGCGCGGGAACGGCCGCAAGAACUCCGGCGCCUCCACCUCCUCGACCCGCAGCUGGAUCUACUCCGGGAGCCAGUGCAAGGCCUUGGUCACCAUUCUGGCGGUGGUGGGCACCUUCCUGCUCACCUGGGGGCCCUACGCGGGCGUGGCGUGCGCCGAGGCCGUCCGGGGACAGGGCGCAGUCUCCCGCGGGCUGGAGACGCUGGCCGCCUGGCUCUCCUUCUGCGGCGCCGUCUGCCACCCGCUCAUCUACGGACUGUGGAACAAGACGGUGAGGAAGGAACUUCUGGGCAUGUGCUUUGGUCAGCGCUACUACAGAGAGUCCUUCGCCGCACCGCGCCGGACCUCGCGACUCUUCAGCAUCUCCAACAGGAUCACGGAUUUGGGGAUGUCCCCCCACCUGACGGCCAUGUUGGCCGGCGGAGGGCGGCCGCCGGGCCCGGGAAGCAGCACCGGAGACACCGGCUUCAGUUUCACUCAGGACUCCUGUACGGACACGAUGCUGCUGGACAACUUUUCCAGCGAUUACUCAUCGCACGCGUGCGGAAAGAGGAGGAGCUCGGUCACCUUUGAAGACCAGCUGGAGCAUUCCAAAGGUUUGAAUUAUUAUUGGCAAGCCGAAAUGGAGGCGCGUCGCUCACCGACCCAUUUUUUUUUUUGGGCAGAGCACGCGGCCUCUGUGCACGCGGGGGCCGAGGCGCCCCGUUCCCUGGACGCCUUCGCCGCGGGCCUGGCCCGAGCCAUCGAGAGCGACGCCAAGCUGGCCCUCUUCGGGGAGCUUUCCGCCAGGCGGCCCCCCGGGCCCGCGCACCCGGACGCCCGGAGACUGCGGCUGGAGAGCAUCGACGAAGGCAUCGUCAAAGACGAACGGAGGGAGUCCGUCCGUCCGUUCCUUUCUUCGUGA